AUUAUUAGUAGAAGAAGAACAGUUCAACCAUUGUAAACAAUCCGGAAAUAUAAGAUUAAGGCUGCUUUGAUUAACAUUUUCUUACUUUGGCUUAUCAAAAGGAAAAUUAUAAUGGGUAUAACAAAACUUGCUGACUUAAUUCGCCAGGAAGCACCCAGUGCCAUCUCCUACAAGGAUAUAAGUGACUACACAGGAAAAACUGUUGCUGUGGAUGCGUCCAUUGUGCUUCACCAGUUUCGCACUGCUAUUUCAAGUUUUCAUAAUCGCGAUGGAGUAAAUCUGAGCCCCCUCACUGGCCUGUUCUUUCGCACACUGUGCUUUCUGGAGCAUGAUAUCAAACCCGUCUUCAUAUUUGAUGGGCAUCCACCCGAGCAGAAGAAGAGCGUGCUGGAGAGAAGAGCAAAAGCCAAUGGCUGGUCGAGCUCCUAUUGCUCCAGCACAGUUUCUACUCGGAUCCAGGACUGCCAGAGUCUCCUGCAGUGUCUGGGUGUGCCUUACGUUCAGGCGCCUGGAGAUGCAGAGGCCUACUGUGCCCAGCUGGUGAAGGACGGGAAGGUGGAUGCUGUGGCCUCUGAGGACAUGGACACCAUGGCGUUCGGGAGUGACCUGCUCAUCCGCCAGCUGAAUGCCAAGAAGAACAGUGAGGUCAUGGAAUACUCUCUGCCCAAGGCACUGGACGCUCUACAGCUGACAUACAAACAGUUUGUGGACCUGUGCAUCUUGCUGGGGUGUGACUACUGUGAGAAGAUACAGGGCCUUGGGCCAAAGAAGGCCCUGAAGCUGAUCCAGCAGCAUAAGACCAUAGAGGAUGUGGUGUUGCACAUCAACAGAGAGACACACCCUGUCCCACUGAGCUGGAGGUACACAGAAGCCCGUGAGCUGUUCUUCCGGGCUCCUCGGGGAAGUCCUCCAGAUCUGGUUUGGAAAGAGCCUGAUGAGCAGGAGCUGGUCAACUUCCUGUGCCACAAGAGACAUGUCAAGGAGAUGAGGGUAAGAGGACGGAUGGAGAAGUUCCAUGAGACUCUGAGGGAGAGGAGAAGAGAAAGAGAGGAGACAAACGGAGCAGAGAAGAGCAAACAGACCUACAUAAAGGACUUCUUUCGGGUGACUCGGAAGAGAAAGGCCCCAGACGUUGUGGAGGCCAGCAGAGAGAAGAGGGCGAAGCCUCAGUGAGCUCCAUACUGCAGUGAGAACUGUCUCCUUUUCUACUUUUCUGCUGUUUGACUGAUGAAGACAGACGCCUUGUUGAUGUGCUGAGUUAGUACAGAGCUUCACUGGCAUUGAGGAGUGGACAAGCAUAGCUCCUUCUCCAGCACUGAAGAAAACUCCAAGGGUGGAUGGGCUACAUUAAAAGCUGGGGCACAUUUUGGGGAGAGCCAACAGUAUACUGGUGGUUGAAUGCCCUACUGUUAUUCUCCAAAUAGUAGACCUGCUUUGGUUUUGGUUAGCACAAGUCAUGCCCAUCUGAGAAUACACAAUUCCCAUGUGAUAGCACAGUCCUCAGUCACACGACAUUGAAUUCUUACCAUUUUCCUUUAUGUUUUUUCACUCACAUAGAUGUCAUCAUCUAUUUAAUCUCUUUGCUAAUAUCUAGUUUUUUUUACAAAUAUCUCUAGCUUUAUUACCCAUUAACAUGGGAGGCUCAUGUCCACCAAAUAUGUCCAGAUUUUUAGUUUUACACAAAAGUAAGUGUUCAAUCAUGAGCAUAAUGACUACUCUAUGUUAUUACCUUAAUAACCAACACGGUUUCAAAUUAUGUAGCGACAACUGCCACUCAGUCAUGAAAAAUGCUCUGGGCCACUCCGAUGUAUAAAAUCACAUCAAAUCAUUUUGAUGGUUUUUUAAUAUUUUAUUAUUUAUUACUAUUUCACAGUUUUGUGAAUUCAGAUAUACAGUAGUCCCACCAAGGUUGGGAUGGGUUUCAAGUUAGCCAGAAUUAUUUGCCUUACCAGUGAUGAAACAUCAGGUUCCUACAGGCUAACAGUUGUAAUCAGUGAGAGAUACAUGUCUCUUGCAUUUUCCACGAGCUGUCCUGUAGUACUGUGGAGUCUCUUGAGAAAACCCAGUCCUGGGGACCCACUGUGUGUGUUGGUUUUCCUUUCAACUGUAAUGCAACCUCAGAAUCCUAUCAAGCUGCAAAUUGUUCUUAAUUAGAAAUGUUUAUGUCUAUUAAGGGAUUUACCCGUUUAUAGCCACAUGAUGGCAAAAAUAGCUAGGCACGCCAUGAAGAAUAAGUCUUCAAAUAAAACUGACCUUUUAAUCAGGCAUAUCCACUAAUGCACUGAUUGUGCUUUAUGACAAAUAAAAACAUAAAUUACACUGAAUAGAGUAAAUUAUAUACUGCCAGGUGAAACCAGUAGGGGAAUAAUUGCAGAAAGUGAGGACACCUGGUCACUGAUGUUAAAUCAUUUCUGAAAAAUGAAGAGUUGAAAGACAAAGCACAUGUCAAUGAGUGAAGCUUGAACUUAAAAUAAAUUUAAGGAAAAAUUAUUGAACUACAUUCGCCAACAACCUUAAUUGAGCAAAAUAUCGGCUGUAACAAAAACCAGCUAGCACAGUGGGGCCUGGGGAUUGAUUGUGCUCCACUGGUUUAGAGAGUGGCCAGUGGCUUCUGGAGGCAGGAGCACUGGAAUACUGCAUACACUUCAGCUGCAGUGCUCCUUGUUUGCCUGCAGGUGGCACAGUAAUGAUGUGAAAGGCGCACAUCAUAAUUCCAAAUGAAGAUUAAAUUCAUUGUUUUAAAAUAAAUGGCUACUUUUGUGUUGAUUGUUAAGUUAUCAUGCUCUUACAGGCUAUUGUCAAAGUCUGUAGCCUAAGAUUUAUAGCUGCAUUAUCUUCAAACUUUUUCAGUCAGAGGCAAGUACCAUAGAUGUUACUUGGUAUUUGGUUUCUGUUGCCCUGUUCUUGUGAUUUUUACUAUGAUGGGAGUCACAGUUAUAUUAGUAACUCCAGAUGAUAACAGCAUCUGGCAAAUGAAUGGUGACCAAAUGAGUAGAUUGAAAUAAUUUUGAUAGUGAAAAAAUCAUGUAAACCUUCAGAAGAUAUUAUCAUUUCCUGUAUAAUCCAUGUAUCCAAAAAAGUUCUUUAUAUUCCAAAAUUCUGCUUUGUAAUUACUUCUUCACAACUGUGUACGCUUUACCUACAAGAAUAAAAAUGUUUGUUUUGCCACAAAGA